AGCUGCAGCGCGCCGCCUGGCCGUCUGGGCCAUCCAUGGGCAGCGGCGAGGGGCACGAUGACGGAUUACGGCGAGGAGCAGCGCAACGAGCUGGAGGCUCUGGAGUCCAUCUACCCCGACUCCUUCACAGUAUUAUCAGAAACCCCACCCAGUUUCACCAUUACUGUGACAUCGGAGGCCGGCGAAAAUAACAAAGCCGGGGAAAAUAACAAAACUGUCCAGACUACGCUCAAGUUUACGUACAGUGAAAAAUACCCAGACGAUGCUCCUCUCUAUGAAAUAUUCUCACAGGAAAAUCUGGCAGAAAAUGAUGUUGCAGACAUUUUAAAAUUACUAGCAUUACAGGCAGAAGAAAACCUUGGCAUGGUAAUGAUCUUUACUCUAGUAUCAGCUGUGCAAGAAAAAUUAAAUGAAAUAGUAGAUCAAAUAAAAAGUAGAAGAGAAGAAGAAAAGAAACAGAAAGAAAAAGAAGCAGAAGAAGCUGAAAAGCAACUGUUUCAUGGCACUCCUGUUACAAUUGAGAAUUUCUUAAGUUGGAAGGCCAAAUUUGAUGCGGAGCUCUUAGAAGUGAAAAAGAAACGAAUGAAAGAGGAGGAGCAAGCAGGAAAAAAUAAAUUAAGUGGGAAACAACUAUUUGAAACAGAUCAUAAUCUUGACACUUCUGAUAUCCAGUUCUUGGAAGAUGCUGGGAAUAAUGUGGAAGUCGAUGAGUCUUUGUUCCAGGAAAUGGAUGAUUUGGAGCUCGAGGAAGAUGAGGACGAUGCAGACUCUCCUGCUGCUGCUGCAGAGAGUGACUCAGCCGACUGAAGCCCGGCCCUCUGCAGAGUGCGCCGGCCGCCGCGCCUGUGCCGUGCCAGAGGGCUGUGCUUUCCUUCCUUUUUCUAAGAAAAAGCCACUUUCAGGACAGUAUGCUUCUGAUCACGUUCAUCACCGAACUUAAUAAACUGAGUAUGAAAUUUAAA